UCCGAGUGCUUGGGUACCCGCUGCUAGCAUGGAGGCUCGCCGCGCGCGGCAAAAGGCUCUCAAAGUAAAGAACUUAAAGAAUGUCAGAUAUAUGAAGCUGAUUUCCAUGGAAACGUCGUCAUCCUCCGAUGACAGUUGUGACAGCUUUGCUUCUGAUAAUUUUGCAAACACAAGACUGCAGGUAGACAGGGAAGGCUGCAGGACCCGGAGUCAAUGCCGCCGCCACCCUGGACCUCUCAGGGUAGCCAUGAAGUUCCCAGCACGGAACACCCGGAGGCCGGCCACCAAAAAAGCAGUCCCCUCCAAACCCUCUGAGAACUCUGCAAACGAUUCCCAGUCUGACUCUGAAGAGGAAGAGGACGGCAUGAACUUCCUGGAGAAAAGGGCUCUGAAUAUUAAGCAAAACAAAGCCAUGCUUGCAAAACUCAUGUCAGAAUUAGAAAGCUUCCCUGGCAUAUUCUCUGGAAGACAUUCCCUCCCCGGCCACAGAUCCAAAGGUUCAAAGCCACCUAGAAGACGCACAUUCCCAGGUGUGGCUUCCAGAAGGAACCCUGAACGGAGAGCCCGGCCUCUUACCAGGUCAAGGUCCCGGAUCCUGGGGUCUUUGGCCACUCUGCCCACAGAGGAGGAGGAAGAAGAGGAGGGAGAGGAUAAGUACAUGCUAGUGAGAAGGAGGAAGUCUGCGGACGGCUACAUGAAUGACGACGACAUGCCCAGAAGUCGUCGCCCUGGGUCCAUGACCCUUCCACAUAUAAUUCGCCCGGUAGAAGAAGUUACGGAGGAAGAGAUCAAGAACAUUUGCAGCAACUCUCGCGAGAAGAUCUACAACCGAUCGAUGGGCUCUACUUGCCAUCAGUGUCGCCAGAAAACCAUUGAUACCAAAACAAACUGCAGGAACCCGGACUGCUGGGGCAUCCGGGGCCAGUUCUGUGGUCCCUGCCUUCGAAACCGCUAUGGUGAAGAGGUCAAGGAUGCUCUCUUGGACCCGAACUGGCACUGCCCGCCCUGUCGAGGAAUUUGCAACUGCAGCUUCUGCCGCCAGCGGGAUGGACGGUGCGCCACGGGAGUCCUCGUGUAUUUAGCCAAGUAUCACGGCUUUGGGAACGUACAUGCUUACUUGAAAAGUCUGAAGCAGGAGUUUGAAAUGCAAGCCUGAAGAUUCACCGCCUGCCUUUGGCUUCUCAAGGCUCUCCUGUUCUUGAUAUCGUCGUUGAUGGAAACCUGAGUAAGAAUCUUGGCGACCAGUCUGUCUUGGAACUCAGUCUGGUUAAUCUUGUUAGAUUCACACUUGUUUCGGAAGCAUCAUGGAAGGCAUACCGCUAGGUACACUUCAGCUACAUGUAGUUUCCCAAAGCUUGCCCUGGCUCUACCUUGUAGCUUCUCUACUCCCAUGGUCCUUUGCCACCACUUUUUAGGUUUCUGAGUUCUUUUUAAGCGGCAGUUUUAGAAAGCAUUAUUUGUCUUACUGGUGUUGAAAUAGUCUCAGGACAUACCCAUAAAUCCAAGCACUUAGGGGUGCAAUAGUAUUGUGAGCCAACGGUUCUGGUGAAUUGCGGAGAACAGCUCUCUAAGUUCACACAGAAUCAAUGCAUGCGGUUGAAUAUUCAGUGUUCUGUUGGCUGACAUUUGAAAUGGGUAAGGCCAAGGCACAAAUGAAGGUCUGAACACGAUGUGGAAAAGUGAGGUAAUUGUUGGGAAGUGGAGUAGCACAUUGAAUAACUUUCUGGAGAAUGCAGCUCCUCUGUGUUGGGCUCGGUGUGCACUUGUCACAGUGGAGACUCUGUUGCUGCUGAGAUCGUUCUUAAGUUAGAGCGGUUCCUCUGGCUUACACAGUCACCCAAGGGUUUGUGGUGACAUGGUACCAUAAUUACUUAAAUUGCUGUAGAAAAGGCAUUCCAGGAAAUGAAGAUGAGGAGACCACCACGGGCUGGUGUGAAAUCCCACUGUUCCACUGGAGAAAGUGGCCUUCAAGGACUUCACUUUGUCCCUGGCAGUUUCCUGAAGAGGACACUCGUGUAGGGUGGUGUGGGGUGGUGUCGCAUCCGGGGUUUAGGUUCUAACAGUUUUGUGACAAUGAGUUUUCUAACAGUGAUCCUUUAGAGAGGGGUAGCUUUCAAUCACUUGUUAACGAGUUACCUCUGCAAGUGUAUGGCAGAUGAGUGUAUGGCAGGUGGCGGGAAUCAUCUCCCUCCCCUUUUCCUUUAGCCGGGUCCUUGAGUAGCCGUGGACUCUAAGUGACUGACUCCACACGUGUAACCUGUGGCCGUGCCUCACGCUGCCUGUGAUGCAGCU